AACGACCUCAAUUUGAUUUUAAAUUUCGUCGCCAGGAUGUGUUUUUGGCACCCAGGAAGCCUAAUUUCAGAUUGACAUUUAAGGAGCAUUUGCUGGUUCGUGUCCACAAACGACAAGAAAAUGUUGCAUUUCAGAGUUAAACUGCAGUGAAAGGUGCUAAAGAUGUCGCAGCUGCUCGCCCCGCUGCUUUUUCUCCUUGUGUUGGUUCCACCUGUGGUUCCUCUCUUCUGCUACACAUGUGUGUUUCCUGCCAUCUCUCCACUGGACUGCAUCCGCUUUCCUCUCUUGUGUCCCGCCGGACAAGUUUGUCUGUUUAGCAAAGCUGUGGGCCAGAAGGGAGAAUCCUGUGUAGUCCUGUAUGAGAGGAGCUGUGUUGUGCCCCCCCUUUGCGGUGUGACGGCCCACCGGUCCAUCAUGGGACUCAACUUCACCUUCACCAACGAAUGUUGCAACACGCACCUCUGCAACGGAGCCACUGCUACUUCCGCAUCCACUUACAGCGCCACCUUGUGGUCAGCAAUGCUACUACCGCUUCUUGCGUUUUCAGUGAAUUAAUUUCUCCAUACUUGAUGUGUGGAAAAGAAACUGAAAAUAUUGCAUGUUUGUAUUUCCACUGCUGUAAAAAAAAUAAAACUGCCCAAAAAGCCAAAGAUUGUUUUGUACAAACAUAUUUAAUGCAACAUUCAAUAAAUUCAGAUGAAGAUAAUGCAAUUAAGGACACUAAGGAAGGUUGUACA